CAUUCCCUCCCUGGAUCACACCCCCCAGCCCCCAGCAGAGACGAAACGAUCCAGUCCGGAAUGAUCCCGCUAUGGCCAAGCUCUGGUUCAAAUUCCAGCGGUACUUCCGCAGGAAGCCUGUACGUUUCUUUACCUUCCUGGUGCUCUACCUGACAGCUGGGAGCCUCGUCUUCCUUCACUCUGGUUUUGUGGGUCAGCCUGCUGUCUCCCAGAACCAGGCCAAUCCUGCUGCAGGGGCCCCAGCGGAGGGCGCUGAGCUGCCCUUUUUGGGUGACUUAAAUCUGGGCAGAGCCUUCCGGGAUACAGGUGAAACCUCGAGCAUCGCCCGCAGGUAUGGACCCUGGUUCAAGGGCAAGGACGGGAACGAGAGAGCCAAGCUGGGGGACUACGGGGGAGCCUGGAGCCGGGCCCUCAAGGGGAGGGUCAUCCGGGAGAAGGAGGAGGAGCGAGCUAAGUACAUCGGCUGCUACCUGGAUGACACCCGGAGCCGGGCCCUUCGAGGCGUGUCCUUUUUCGACUACAAAAAGAUGACCAUCUUCCGUUGCCAGGACAACUGUGCAGAACGGGGUUACCUGUAUGCUGGGCUGGAGUUCGGCGCCGAGUGCUACUGUGGCCACAAGAUCCAGGCGACAAACGUGAGCGAGGCGGAGUGUGACAUGGACUGCAAGGGCGAGCGGGGCAGCGUGUGUGGUGGCGCCAACCGCCUCUCCGUCUACCGGCUGCAGCUGGCCCAGGAGUCAGCCCGCAGGUAUGGAAGUGCAGUCUUCCGAGGCUGCUUCCGCAGGCCCGACAACCUCUCCCUGGCCUUGCCCGUGACGGCUGCCAUGCCCAACAUGUCUGUGGACAAGUGUGUGGACCUUUGCACAGAGAAGGAGUACCCACUGGCAGCCCUUGCGGGCACCGCCUGCCACUGUGGCUUCCCCACUACGCGAUUUCCCCUCCACGAGAGAGAGGACGAACAGCUCUGUGCCCAGAAGUGCAGCGCGGAGGAGUUUGAGAGCUGUGGGACACCCAGUUACUUCAUUGUGUAUCAGACGCAGGUCCAAGACAACCGCUGCAUGGACAGAAGGUUCCUUCCAGCAAAGUCCAAGCAGCUCAUCGCUCUGGCCAGCUUCCCAGGUGCCGGCAACACGUGGGCUCGCCACCUCAUCGAGCUGGCCACCGGCUUCUACACCGGCAGCUACUACUUUGACGGUUCUCUCUACAACAAAGGGUUUAAAGGUGAGCGGGACCACUGGCGCAGCGGGAGGACCAUCUGCAUCAAGACGCACGAGAGUGGCCAGAAGGAGAUCGAGGCCUUCGACGCGGCCAUCCUGCUCAUCCGCAACCCCUACAAGGCCCUCAUGGCGGAGUUCAACCGCAAGUAUGGCGGACACAUCGGCUUUGCUGCCCAUGCCCAUUGGAAGGGCAAAGAGUGGCCAGAGUUCGUAAGGAACUACGCCCCGUGGUGGGCCACGCACACGCUGGACUGGCUCAAGUUCGGCAAGAAGGUGCUGGUGGUGCACUUUGAGGAUCUGAAACAGGACCUCUUCGUCCAGCUGGGCCGGAUGGUCGGCCUGCUGGGUGUGGCUGUCAGGGAGGACCGACUGCUGUGUGUGGAGAGCCAGAAGGAUGGCAACUUCAAGCGCUCGGGGCUCCGGAAGCUGGAGUACGACCCCUACACGGCGGACAUGCAGAAGACCAUCUCGGCCUACAUCAAGACGGUGGAUGCGGCCCUUAAAAGGAGGAACCUCACGGGCGUUCCCGAUGACUACUACCCCAGAUGAUGGGUCGGAGUGGGGCGGGGAGCUGGCAGUCCAGACCAAGCAGGCCCUGGGGACUCCAGACCCCUGGGGGCCCACACCCAUCAGUCCCCUCUUCGACUGGGGGACAAUUCCCUUGGCUGCUAUUGCCCUUCGAUGAGUUUCCUGCAUGACAAAGGAGGCUCAAGCGAAGAGAUUGUGCGGGCACUCCCCACCUACUCACACCGCACCCCAGAGAUGGAGGGGGCAACUGGUUUAGGGAGCUCUAGCCACAUGGACCCUUCUCUGUCUCCCGUGUCCUUGAGCCCACCACUCUGGGCUCCACUUGUGGGGAGGAGGGCUCAUGGGUGUCCCAGAGACAAGGGUGCCCCACCGCAGGUGUUGAGGACCCUGGUGCAAGAGCUAAAGAGAAUGAC